AUGAUGACUGCUGAGGAUGAGCUUUUGGGCUGUGGAUCACGACAACUCUUUCAACCCACUUCGCCCAACAGACGAACGAGCACUGGAGAAGGCGAGCACGACGAUGCUGAAUUCAAUGCGAGUCUGCCUCCAGAGAUCGUCUUCCACAUCUUCAGCUUCCUACCCGCAGAUGAGAUACGCAAAACCGUGCCUCUGGUGUGCCACACGUGGAAGGCGCUUGCAGGAGAUGAGAUGUUGUGGAAGUGCCUGCUCCAGCGCGAGUUCAGGCUGACCUUCUCCGAGGAGGUGGUUCGCCACAUGGACGUGAGGUGGUCGGCCUACUACUACGCACUGUUGGAGAAACGGACCGACUUCGACGCCAGUUACAACGACCCCGACAAGAAGAUACUGGGCUGCCAGCACUACCAGCGCAACGUCAAGAUCCUGGCCGAGUGCUGCCAGCGAUUCUUCGCCAAGGGUCCGGCGUGCCUGUCGCCGGUGUGUCAAGGGAAGCAUCUGGCCCUCUACUACUGCAGUGUGUGCAACUUCUGGGACAACACGCCCGGCAAGAGCAUCUUCCACUGCCCUGACUGCAAUGUGUGCUACCUCGGGCGAGGGCUCGGGGUCGACUACUACCACUGCACGGAGUGCAACAUGUGCUUCGACAAGCGAUACCAGGCAUCGCACAAGCACAUAACACACAAGAAGAUGGUGGAGGUGGUGCCGCCCGUCGAUGAAGAAGAAGCCGAAGGCUAG